CCAUCUUCAUUUGAUUACUAGUAUAUGGAUGACAUCUUCUGGGAACCCCAAAACUCAUACGAGCGUAAAAGUUACCUUCAUUCUGAAAUCUAAGUCGUCAGGAUGGUUGUGCAAACUUGUUCUGUCAGUUCAUUCUAGGGAAGCUGAAGAAGAGUGAUGAAUGUCAUUAUCUGAAUAGUCAGUUGGUGGCGCUUGAACCCCACUGUUACAACCAAAGACUCCGAUGCCCUGACCCGACCACACAAGAAAGUUAGUAUUUUUUCCGGUCUGUCUGCAUUCAAAUUUUGACCUAUACUGUCAAUAUAGCCAGGUUACAGCCUGCAGCGAGGACGCAUUCCUUUACAACACCUCCAAAGAUACGGGGUCGACAAGCGUCCCUACUGAAAGAGGGCGGAUAGAAUUUGCCGAUACAACUCACUACAAGAGGAUCGUUGCCGACCGUCUUUUCGAUGUCGAGAUUUCUAGCGGUUUGGACCAUGAUAGAACAGUUGACGACCGGUGUCAUGUGGGGAAUGGCUGCCGCCACAGCAGUCGGGAUCGCUGCCGGCGCCUUUUACCUGACGACCCGAGCAGUUCAGUCACCUUGGCCGAAGGAGAGGCAAUCCUUGUCUUACACGAGGAGGGUUCGUCCGAAGAAGAGAAAAAUCCAGUUAGCGCUGAACUCGCUGGACGAUUUCGUGCCCCUGGAAAACAUGGAAUCGGUGAACGACGUGGUGGGGUUCUUCACAAGCCGCGGGAACGAGUUUUCUGUAUACAGCAUCGACUGGGAACAAGAGUCGGUAGUGUUGGUGAGACCAGUGGACGGAACUGAUCUUAAAGUUCACCCCUUCUUUCGUGAGGCUCAAAGACGGACCGCCUCUGAGGUCCUCUCCAUUCCGUUUUCACAUCUCCAAGAUGUUGCAGAUGCCAUUCGUCACAAGGUUGCGCAUGUGCAGAAUGUCUUCGUCUACAUGACAGGAAGAUGUGGUUCCACCCUCCUCACACGAGCAUUCGAAGCCACUUCAAUUGCUCAAGCAGCCAACGAGCCCGACGUAUUCUCCGUCAUCAAUAUGGCAGUGCUCCGAUCCAGACGUGCCCGACAGAACAAAGAUGUCUCUCCCAACCCCGCGGCGCGCUCGGCUGUCGUGUCAGACGAGGACGACAAGGUGAAGAUCUUAACGAAUGUCGUCACCCUGCUGAAUUACCACCUCAUGACGGCAGAUCCUCGUCACCGGGAUGUCAUCGUGUACAAGUUAAGACCCAAUUCUCUGCUGAUCGGCGACUUGAUGUACCGAGCCUUCCCGUCUGCAAAGAACAUAUUCCUGUACAGGAACGGAAUGGAGUGCUUUGAGUCGUGGGUAAAAUUGUGGUUUAAAAAAGUUGUAUACUGGCUUACUCGUGGACUGACGCGGCUUGGCUUGUUAAGGUGGGCACCGAUGGUACCCGAACAAUUCCGAAGUUUUGGAGAUGACGCAAAAUUCUCCGAUAUUUUUGAUGGAAGCACCAUCUUUUACGCCGUGACCUUGUGGGUUGGCGCGAUGCAGCGUGCUCUGGAGUUACAAAAGAUGCACCCGGAGUACUUCUUCCACUGCCUGCUUUACUACAGCGCCUUGGCGAGAGGGAAAGAGAAGACGCUUCGAUUGCUGCUGAAGAGGCUCGGGCUGGAGUGGAAUCCUGACGAAGAUGGAGAAGAAACGGAGAAGAUGAAGAAGUCGUUCGUCAAGGACAGCCAGGCAGGGACGUUUCUGUCUGUCAGAACCAGGAAUCCAGAUGAGAAGUGGACGAAGCCGUCGCCAACCAGCUGGCUGGGAGCCUGGGACCGAGACUACAUGUCUGGAGUCUGUAGGGCCACUGGGAACGACAUACCGGGCCCUAACUUCAUCUUUCCUGGCACCAUGUUGUGAGGAAAUGUGCAUGGGUUAACGACUUGUACAAGUUAUGCUAACUCAUGAUUGUCACAGUAGUCUCUAUUAAACAUUUUCAGUAAUCUUUCCUGGCAUCAUAUUGUAAGGACAUGUCAGAAGGUAACGGUUAAUGACAUGUUCCACGUUUUGCCUCAAACGUGGCUUGUGUGCUACGGGGUUUAAGUAGACGUGCAUUUUUGUAUUUUCCUUUUUUAAUGCUAAAGGGUUUGAACAACCUUAGCGACUGUUUUCAAUAAUCUGUUCCAUUCUAUGUGUCUUAUUGAGAACAUGUUUUCCAAUGUAAUACUCUCGUGACAACAUGUGAUUUUGCGUUUACAACCUAGUCUAAUUAGGCUAUGUUAUAUAUUAAUGUAAAGACAUUAAGUCGGUCGAUUGUACAAUGUACUUGAAUGGAUUGUAGUUUCAUGCCGUCCACAUAUAUACUGUCCAUAUUGAUAAAAUGUGCUAAUGUGGUCCAUAUAUAUAUAUAUAUAUUGUCCAUACAUUCUUGGUUAACAGGUUAACAACAGUAGUAUAGCCACAGGUACAACAGGUUUAUGUUAGGUACAUUGCUGCAAGGUGAGAACUAAGCGCUACAAAUAUAAUAUAUCCAGUCUACUAUCCAGAAAACAAACUAACUUU